UUUCGUUCCGAGAUGAGCUUUUGCUCCGCUGGCAAAUCGUUGCGCGGCUUCGCGCGUCUCGAAACGACGAGUAGUUGUAAUUUUUCUCCGAAAAUUAUGACGCACCCAUAACCUCUAUACCGAGCUUGUCAUCAUCACCUCUACGCGUAACAAACUGUAUCAAAACAACCGUAACCUUUUGCGAUCUCUUGCGUAUUUAUUUCUUCAAAAAUUUCAAAAGAUUGUUUAUUUAUUUACACACGCGCACGCGUUAUCACUGAGAACUCAUGCUACAAUUCCGCACAACCAGUCUAUAUUACAGAUACAGUGCAAUCAGUUUAAAAUGUACAAACCCGUUUCCCGUCCACCACUUGAAUCUUACAAAAAACGUUCGUACUUGACGUUUAAAUACAAAAACUGUUCAACCAAGAUGUAUGAAGUUUCAUCACAGACGUCUGACUACUUGCAUACAAAAAACAAAUCCUUGGACAAAAAUUACAAAUUUGGGCCAAGACAGAGAAUAAAUUUAAGGUUAUCAGAAGACAAAUCGUUAUCCGGGAGUAAUAGAUUUCACACUUCUGAUAGAAGCGCAUCGUCAAGCGAUAGUUGUAGUGAAAUAGAUGAAGAUGAUCAAUCGUCCGAUUUGCAAAAAUAUGGCAGAGCCACCUCUCCAGAAAGAACAGAUAAUUCUGUCAAAAAAAAGAAAAGUUCUAAGAACAAGGAGAAGGAAGAGAAGAAAUCUUUCAUAACGUUGCAAAGUAGUGUGAUAAUUGUUCUUCUUUUACUUGGUUUGUCUAUUUAUUGUAUAAAUAGAAAUAAACAGAAUAACAGAUACUUAAAUACAAAUGAAAAACAAUCGCAGAAUGUAUUUAAGAUACUGGAAGCUAUGGAAAAGGUUAAAAACAAAUUUCGCAAUCAAGAAACGGAUAUUUGGAAUGAGAUUUCGUCCGCGAUAAAUGAAAUAAUGUCGAGAACGCCCAAAGUGCCGUCCAUUAUUCUGCUGUUUGCAAACGAAACAACGACAAUGAAUUGUUUAGCCACCGAACUGGCAGAUGUGAGCACUAGUCUCUUAAGUACGGACAAAUCUCUGUACUUGAAUCCGGAAGAUUUUGGAGACGAUGCUGGUAAGAUUAUAGUCAGAUUGAAUGACUUGGCUCCGAAGGUUGUGGUAAUUCAUGACAUUUUGAAAAUUAACGCGCAAGCGAUCAAAGCGUUGCAUAAUAUUUGCGAUAGAAUAAAUCCUCUAAUUAACGAAGUUAUUUACAUUCUCACUAUGCACACCAACAAUUAUCAGUUGUCACAAAAGAAGAUGGCUUUUGUGGAAGAGCAAAUUACGAGGAAACUGUCGAAAAACAUCGACGAAGACAUAUUGAGCGCGCUCAGAACGCGAAUCACAGACGGAGCAAUUAUACUGGUUAAACCUGAAUUACAUUUGGACAAUUGCUAAUGUGAAAAAUAUGCCGUCUUUCGAGCACGUAUUUUGUGGAGGGAUGUAAUAUAGUUUUGUAAGUGGUAAAGAAUUAAUGUUAUUUAAAAAAAAUAUAAAAUAUAUCGACAAAAGUUUUGACAGAGCGUUUGACAGAUCUACUAAGUUUUUAUUGUUGAUCUAAUGUUUUUCGAUCUGGCGUGUCAUUUGUUUUCAACAGAUUUUGUUAUUUAGAGUAUAUAGCAAGAAAAAUCAAUGUGAUCUUUGUUUUGUCAUAAUUUUUCUUAACAACUCAAAUAACAUUAUUUUGACCGGACGAUAAACAUUUGUACACACGUUAAAAUAUUUUGAAUCAGAUGCAAACAUGAUGGAUUGCGUUUUUGCACUUUCUAUUAUUAUAUUUGCAUAUAAUAAUAAACGUAUAUAUUUUUGUAUUUAU